AUGAACAACCCAAACCAGCCCGCGCCCGACCAACGGAAACUCCACUUCCGCCACUACGACCGCACAAAAUUCACCAUCAUGCACCUCACGCUCGUCAUCUACAACACCCUACUGACCAUGGUGACCAACACCGACAUCCACGACACCGCCCUCGACAGCAACCGCUUCGAGCUCCUCCACGCACUCAUGCAAACCCUCAACACCGAGCACGAGUCCUACAACCAGCAGCGAAUCCAGCUCUGGACGCUCUACGGGAUGUCCUCCAUCAGGAAGUACCGCCGCAGGGAGACGGUGGCCCGCGUGGUGUGGGACGCGCAGGUGGCAAAGAAGCAGGCGGAGAUUAUGGCGGCGUCGGCGCAGUUGGCGGCUAGUGGGGGGGUUGUGCUAGCGCUAGGGCUAGGGGUGGCGGGGGGGUGGAGGGGGUUUAGGUUGAAGUUCUGGAGGGCGCCGCGGUGUGGGGGGUAG